CGGUGUGGUGCAUGAGAUAGAUGCGUGAUGUGCUGGCUGUAGCAUCCAGCAGUGGUGUGGUACGGUCUAUGCUGCUCUGACGCGUUGCUGAGGAGGCUGCCUGACUGCGUACGAGGAGCUGUAUCUCGGUGAAGGGUAAACAGGGAAGAGGUAGGUAGGGAGGAUGUGAUGGAGAGAGAGAGUGAAGCAAGAGCACGUGAUUGGGUGAGAGGGUGGAGAUGCGCAUGGCAUGCCGAGGGUGGAGCUUAGCAUCAGGCAAUUCCUGCUCUCUGUUUCUUUCUCUCCUCACACAUUCACGGCAUUCUCAUUUUUCCGCUCACGUCUAGUCAGUUCACCUGCUCUCCCUUUCUUGUCCUUCAUCCUCCUCUUUGUGGGCUAUUUCAGUGGACUCUGUGUGUUCUUAUGGACUAUCAUUCGCUUCCUCCCAACUUGGUCUGAGCAACAGGGGGGCUUUCCAGGCACCAGCACACCCUCUCUCGGUUUUCAUCCCCCUCGCUGGGGGAGGGGGGGGGACUAAGGGUGCGGGUGUAUAGCACCUCCUGGGGCAGUGUGGGGGUAAUACGGAGGCGUGGAGGGAGUAGGAGUGGUGAGGAUGGUAAUGCCGGCCCGUGGCUCUCCCUUCUUCUUGCUGCUACUGCUUCUCUGUAGGCUGUGUGUCUCAGGGGCACAGCCCUGCUUCCUCUUCUCGUCAUGAGCCUUGCAGCAAGGGUCUCCUGCUCUGUGCUCAACUGCUUUGGUGAAGAAGGACCCCCCAGUCUGGAGUAUAUCCAGGCCAAGGACUUGUUCCCUCCGAAAGAGCUGGUCAAGGAGGACGACAGCCUCCAGGUGCCGUUCCCAGCUCUGCAGGGGGAAGGGGUGGAGUAUCUAGGCCGAGCCGAUGACACCAUCAUCGCCAUCUCCAACUACAGGCUCCACAUCAAGUUUAAGGACUCCAUUAUAAAUACCUAUCAAGGUGUGGACAAUCAUAUUUCUGUGCCUCUGAGGCUCAUAGAGAGUGUGGAGAGCAGAGACAUGUUCCAACUGCACAUCAUCUGCAAGGACUCCAAAGUAGUCAGAUGCCAUUUCUCGACAUUCAAGCAGUGCCAGGAGUGGCUGAAGCGUUUGAACCGGGCCGUAGCCCACCCUGGCAGGCUGGAGGAUCUGUUUGCCUUGGCCUACCACGCCUGGUGUCUGGGGGGCAGUGCAGACGAUGAGGACCAGCACCUACACCUCUGUAGACCAGGUGAUCAUGUCCGUCAGAGGCAGGAGAUAGAGGUGAGGAGGAUGGGCUUCGACAUGCAAAACGCCUGGAGAGUGUCCGACAUCAACCUCAACUACAAGUUGUGCUCUAGCUACCCCCAGAAGCUGAUGGUGCCAGUGUGGAUCACAGACAAGGAGCUGGAGAGUGUCAGCUCCUUCAGGUCCUCCAAGAGGAUCCCUGUGGUGGUCUACAGGCACCAGAGGAACGGGGCAGUGAUCGCCCGUUGCAGCCAGCCUGAGAUCAGCUGGUGGGGCUGGAGAAACACAGAGGAUGAAUACUUGGUCACCUCCAUCGCCAAGGCCUGUCUGAUGGACCCAGGGGCCAGGGUCACCUGUGGGGCCGCAGCCUGCAGCCGGCCCCGAGGGGAAGGCCCAGACAGCUCCGACGGCGACUUUGACUCCUCUCUGACAGGAUGUUCAGGCCCUGAUGCCAAUGCUGCGCCACAGAAGCUUCUCAUUCUCGACGCCCGCUCCUAUACCGCUGCAGUGGCAAACCGCGCCAAGGGAGGUGGCUGCGAGUGUGAAGAGUACUAUCCUAACUGUGAGGUGAUGUUCAUGGGCAUGGCCAACAUCCACUCCAUUAGGAACAGCUUCCAGUCCCUCCGAACAGUCUGUAGCCAGAUCCCUGACCCUGGGAACUGGCUUUCUGCUCUGGAGAGCACCCGUUGGCUGCAGCACCUAUCCGUCAUGCUGAAGGCUGCCACUCUAGUGUGCUCUGCGGUGGAAAGGGAGGGACGUCCUGUCCUGGUGCAUUGUUCAGACGGGUGGGACCGCACCCCACAGAUUGUGGCUCUUGCCAAGAUCUUGCUGGACCCCUUCUAUAGGACACUAGAGGGUUUCCAGGUACUGGUGGAGACAGAGUGGUUGGACUACGGUCAUAAGUUUGGCGAUCGCUGCGGUCACCAGGAGAGUGCUGAGGAUGUGAGUGAGCAGUGUCCUGUCUUCCUACAGUGGCUAGACUGUGUUCACCAGCUGCUCAAACAGUUCCCCUGCUUCUUCGAGUUCAACGAGGCAUUCUUGGUCAAGCUGGUUCAGCACACAUACUCGUGCCUGUAUGGGACGUUCCUGUGUAACAACGGGCGGGAGAGAGAGGCCCGCAACAUCUACAAACGCACCUGCUCCAUCUGGUCUCUGCUCCGCACCGGCAACAAGAACUUCCAGAACUUCCUUUAUAUUCCCUGUCAUGAGAUGGUGCUGCAGCCGGUGUGCCACACCCGGGCCCUGCAGUUGUGGACGGCCGUUUACCUGCCCACCUCCUCCCCCUGCACCGCUGCCGAGGACGCCAUGGAGCUCUACCUGUGCCCCUGCACACAGGGAGAUGAGCUCACCUCACAAUCUCUCGACAGGCUUCCUAAGUCUCGCUCCAUGGACAACCUGGUGUCGGCCUGUGAGAACGGGAUGGCCCUCACCCGCACCUCCAGCGACCCCAACCUCAACAAGCACUGCCAGGAGGGCCGUACUGCCCAUGGCUUGGAGCCUAUGGCUGCUAUAGGAGGAGGGGCCGAACCCGAUAGCCCCGAGGACGUCAGCCCUGACACGGGAUUGGACGACAAUGACUCAGAGGUGGAGCCUGUCACUCAGACUCCUCCUACCACACCCCUGGAGAUGGAGCCAAUGGAAGAGGGCUUUGAGGAGGAGGAGUUGAGAGAGGAGAUUUGUCUGACGACACAACCUCUGCCCUCCCUGCCCCUCCCCCCCGUCACUCUGGAGAAGGGCUUCCCCCACCCCACCCCUCUCCCCCUGCCCACACCCAUUCUCCUCCAUUCCCUCCCCCAGAACACCAGCCCCCAUUGCCCUCCACCUCCCUUGCCACAACAGGCGGCUAACAGCUGCUACAGGACUGCUGAGGUCACUACACACCCUGCCCGGGCAGCAGAAGCAUGCCUACCUUCCCCACCUGCCUGGAAGGGCCCACUACCGGCAGCUGUUCCGAAUGGGCCUAUCACCUAUCACCAACUCCAGAACAGCCACUCAGUGUCUGCAGAGCUGCCGGCCCUCGAGCAGCUAGUUCCUCUAUUCUCUAUGGCCAUGGAAGACUCCACAGAGACCCUCACGGACAAAGCAGAGGCCCCACCAACACUGCCCCACAGCAGGAGAGAAAGUCUGGGCCAGACCCGGGCCCCAGAGUGGGCCUUACCCCAGGCCCAGGCCCAGGGAGCGGAGAGAGAAGGGAAGAGGACAGAGGUUGUAAGUGGUAGAGAGCUGGUGCCUCCGAGAGAAUGUGUAGUAGCAGUACCAACAGUAGCAAUGGCCUCCGCAUCUACAGUGCCCUCUGUUGACAACAGCCAGGUAGUGGCAGUGCGACACCCGGUCUCCCAGAGCCAACUGAGUGUCAGUGAGGAGCUGUCUCUCCUGGGCUCCCACUGGGAGAGUGUCCAGGGCCUGGUCCAGUCUGGCCUCCCAGCCAAUCUCUCCUCAGGUCUCUGUCGGGCCCUCCAGCCCACCGCCUACCAGAGUCGACGCCUGGCUGGCAAGCUGCUCCGUGCCCAGGGCAUGGCCGUGUCCAACGGGUUGCCUAACGGGGGUUCGCAGUGCUGCCGCAGGGAGAAGGAGGAAAGGGUCCGUGGCCCGGCCCCAGCCAGCUCCAGCCCAGUCCAGUCAGGGUCAGGCUGGCUCUCUGCAGUCAGAAGCAGCUCAGGCUAUGCUGCCAUCUGCAGCCAAACCAGCACCAGCACUCCACCCACCUCUUCAACCCGCCAGUUCUUACCAGCCUCUCCCUUCUCCCCGCCCUCCCCGGCCUACCUGGAUGAUGACGGGCUGCCGGUGCCCAUGGACGCGGUGCAGCAGCGUCUCAGGCAGAUCGAGGCGGGAUAUAAACAGGAAGUGGAAGUGCUGAGGAGACAGGUGCGCCAGCUGCAGAUGAGGCUGGAGAGACAGUACGGCAUGCCGCCCUCUGAGCCUGAUGUGGACUACGAGGACGACAUUACGUGUUUGCGUGAGUCAGACGACAGUGACGAGGAGGAAAGUCUGUCGGAUCACAGCGAGGACUGUUUCUCCGAGGGCAGCUGGGACAGAGUGGAGCAGAAGGACACAGAGGUCACCAGGUGGGUGCCCGAUCACAUGGCCUCCCAUUGUUUCAACUGCGACUGUGAGUUCUGGAUGGCCAAGCGGCGACAUCACUGCAGGAACUGUGGCAAUGUGUUCUGUAAAGACUGCUGCCACCUGAAGCUGCCCAUCCCAGACCAGCAGCUGUACGACCCUGUCUUAGUGUGUAACGUCUGCUAUGACCUGCUGCUGGAUGCUAGGAACAGAGAGAUCUGCAGCCAGCAGCUCAAGAAGCCCAUCGCCACAGCCUCCAGCUGAGAGACAGGAGAGAGAGCCCCUUACUGAGUGUCCCAGUCCUGGCUCAGUCUGGCCUGGCCUAGUUCAGUUUAGCCCGGUUAGGACCUGGAUCAGCACCUUCUUGGAUCAGCUUGAGCCAUGUGCCCUGCUCCCUAACAUGGUCUGGUCUUGGCUGUGUGGGAAGAUGAGGAGGACUUGUGGUUGCUCAGUGGCAGGGAGGCGAAGCUUGAAAAUGGAGAGAGGCCACUGACCACUGGGGAUGAGAGACUGACUGAGGAGUGGAAGAAGAUAGGGGAUGACAGUGAAUUAACUGAGUGAGGGAGAUGGAUGAGGAAGAGUUGUUAUGGAGGCUAUCCCACUGAGUUGAACCCCUUUUGGUCUAACACAUUUCCAGCCUGGAAGGAAGGCUGCAGCAUCCUGCUGUCCUGCCCUGGGGCUAUUGUUCUCCACUGGUGCCUCAGAUACCCUCUGAUGCCCCAUGCCACCCCCCUGCUCCUGUAGCUCCAUCUCAAACCUACCUGAAUAUCCACCCCCAUUGUAGAGCAUCCCUCUCACACACACCAACCAACCACCCCAUAAUGUGCCUCCUCGCCCAAAACACACACACACACACGAACACACACACACCUACUCGCCUCCAAGGACAAUCUCUCGCCCUCCCAAGUGUUGGGGACUCCAAAGCCUUUAUCUGUUAAAUGGAGGCUGAUGACAACUUUAACAAGAAAAAGAAAAAAUGCUGCUACAGUAUUUAAGUCUAAUUUUGUAUUCUUAUUCUUUUGUGCACUGCAAGCUGUUUGUGUAUUUAAGGGAAUUUGAGACCAAACUCGAGCGAAAGGGAGAAAUCUGCUGUUUUACUUGCUGUUGUAUCUUUUUGUGGAGCUUGAAUGUAAAUGUUAGAAAUGAAAUGGACAAGUGUGUUGGAGUAACUGGAAGACUGGCGGUAAUAUUUGAUUAUGCGGUAACACUUGACACCCAGCAUCACAAAACAUUUUAUGACGUGGUCAUAACCAUUUCAUAUGUCAUAACAGCUGACAUAAUAUAAUAUAAUAUGGUCCUAACACUCAUGACACAUAUUUAGACUUGUUGUGACAUAUAUUGUGUUAUUUUAUGGCUGGUUAUGACACCUACAUAAGAGUAAAAACACACAAAACCUACCACAGUAGUUAUUUUAUGGCUGGUUAUGACACCUACAUAAGAGUAAAAACACACAAAACCUACCACAGUAGUUAUUUUAUGGCUGGUUAUGACACCUACAUAAGAGUAAAAACACACAAAACCUACCACAGUAGUUAUUUUAUGGCUGGUUAUGACACCUACAUAAGAGUAAAAACACACAAAACCUACCACAGUAGUUAUUUUAUGGCUGGUUAUGACACCUACAUAAGAGUAAAAACACACAAAACCUACCACAGUAGUUAUUUUAUGGCUGGUUAUGACACCUACAUAAGAGUAAAAACACACAAAACCUACCACAGUAGUUAUUUUAUGGCUGGUUAUGACACCUACAUAAGAGUAAAAACACACAAAACCUACCACAGUAGUUAUUUUAUGGCUGGUUGUGAUGUUAUGUAUAUUUUUUUAAGUUGACCAUAUUUAAUGAACAUUGUAAUUUCGCACACAUUGAUGUCAGACAUGCACCGAACCCAAUGCUGAUGACUGGAUGAAUGCAGGAGAAGAUUUCAGGAGCAGGACAAGACACCCUCUUUUUGACUGAUUUAAAGGGGAUGUAAAAUGAGCCUAUCUGGCUUAUAUGAUUAUGGUGGUCAUAAUGCUUCUUGACAGUGUCAUAAAGUGUAUUUUCUCAGUCCAAGUAAAGUGACACAGGGUGGCCAUAAUGCUUCAUGACAGUGAUGAUGAUGAAAAAUAACAUGACUGUAAAGAAUUCAUUACAACAACAAAGGUUUCAAGAAACAAACAUUCAAACGAAAGGAAACAUCUUUUCAGGGAAAAAAGUAUUACAUUUUUUUUUUUGUUGUUGUGACACUUAUGUAGGUGUCAUAACCAGUUAUCAAAUAACGAAACAGAUGUCACAACAGGUGUAAAUAUAUGGGUCAUGACAGUGUUAUGACCAUGUUAUGACAAGUGUUACCGUUUAUGUUAAUGCACAUUAGGUGGGUUGUGUACUUUUUCAUUCCUGCAUUGUGUUAUUUAAAAAGAAUAAUAAUAUGCACAGUCAAUGUGGUUCUGCCUUCAUCAAUGCUAUUCUCAAGUCCUGUCACAACUGUUUUAACAUUAGAGGUACACCACUAUUUGUAUCGAGAAAGGUUUAUAACAGAUAAAUAAUUGUCAUUCGGACAUGCACCUGAUCAGAGGAGUCUUAAAAAAUGAUAAUAGAAUGGCUAACCAUCCAGACAAGGAAAGUUGUUUCCACGUUUCCAAAUAGAGGGUUUUAUGCAAUGUUGUCAUAGAGUAUGACUUGAAAGAUCACUAGAAAGUACUUGAUGGCUGUUAGAUGAUGGGAGAGGGAGGGAGGGAGGGAUGGAUGGAGGGGUUUUGAAUAAUGGAGUAUACAGUACCAGUCAAGUUUGGACAUACCUACUCAUUCAAUGGUUUUUCUUUAUUUUUACUAUUUUCUAUAUUGUAGAAUAAUAGUGAAGACAUCAAAACUAUUAAAUAACACGUAUGGAAGGAAUCAUGUUGUAUCCAAAAAAGUUUUAAACAAAUCCAAAUAUAUUUAUAUUUGAUUCUUCAAAGUAGCCACCUUUUGAUUUGAUGACAGCUUUGCACACUCUUGGCAUUCUCUCAACCAGCUUCACCUGGAAUUAUUUUCCAACAAUCUUGAAUGAGUUCCCAAAUAUGCUGAGCACUUGUUUGCUGCUUUUCCUUCACUCUGUGGUCCAACUCAUAGUAAAACCAUCUCCAUUGGGUUGAGGCUGGGUGAUUGUGGAGGCCAGGUCAUCUGACGCAGCACUCCAUCACUCUCCUUCUUGGUCAAAUAGCCCUCACACAUCCUUCAGGUGUGUUGGGUCAUUGUCCUGUUGAAAAACAAAUGAUAGUCCCACUAAGCGCAAACCAGAUGAGAUGGCUUAUUGCUGCAGAAUGCUGUGGUAGCCAUGCUGGUUAAGUGUGCCUUGAACUCUAAAUAAAUCACAGACAGUGUCACCAACAAAGCACCCCGACACACCUCCUCCUCCAUGCUUCACGGUGGGAACCACACAUGCGGAGAUCAUCCGUUCACCUUCUCUGCGUCUCACAAAGACACGGCGGUUGGAACCCAAAAUCUCAAAUUUAGACUCAUCAGACCGAAGGACAGAUUUCCACCGUUCUAAUGUCCAUUGCUCGUGAUUCUAGGCCCAAGCAAGUCUCUUCUUAUUAUUGGUAUCAUUUAGUAGUGGUUUCUUUGCAGAAAUACGACCACGAAGGCCUGAUUCAACAGUUGAUGUUGUGAUGCGUUUGUUACUUUAACUAUUUAUUUGGGCUGCAAUUUCUGAGGCUGGUAACUCUAAUGAACUUCUCCUCUGCAGCAGAUGUAACUCUGGGUGUUCCUUUCCUGUGGUGGCCUCAUGAGAGCCAGUUUCAUCAUUAGCGCUUGAUGGUUUUUGCAACUGCACUUGAAGAACAUUUCCGCAAUGACUGACCUUCAUGUCUUAAAGCAAUGAUGGACUGUCAUAUCUCUUUGCUUAUUUGAGCUGUUCUUGCCAUGGGAUGGCAGGGUACCCUAGUGGUUAGAGUGUUGGACUAGUAACCGAAAGGUUUCAAGUUCAAUCCCCGAGCUGACAAGGUCGUUCUGCCCCUGUUCCUAGGCCGUCAUUGAAAAUAAGAAUUUGUUCUUAACUGACUUGCCUAGUAAAAUAUGGACUUGGUCUUUUACCAAAUAGGGCUUUCUUUAUCUUUAUCAUAGGGCUAUCUAUAUCAUGUCACACCACAACUGAUUGGCUCAAACACAUUAAGAAGGAAAGAAAUUCCACAAAUUAACUUUUAACAAGGCACACCUGUUAAUUGAAGUGCAUUCCUGACUACCUCAUGAAGCUGGUUGAGAGAAUGCCAAGAGUGUUCAAAGCUGUCAUCGAGGCAAAAGGGUGGCUACUUUGAAUAAUCUCAAAUAUAAAAUAUAUUAUGAUUUGUUUAACACUUUUUGGGUGACUACAUGAUGUGUAUGUGUUAUUUCAUAGUUUUGAUCGUCACUACUAUUCUGCAAUAUAGAAAAUAGUCCAAAUAAAGAAAAACCCUGGAAUGAGUAGCUGUGUCCAAACGUUUGACAGGUACUGUAUUUCUACAGUGAUGUUUGAGAGGGGCUUGUUGAUGUACAGUAACAUUGUCCUGUUGCGAUUGACUGCUCAACCCUCGUCUUUUGAUUGAUUGUUCGAUCAAUCGUUCGAUCAUUGUCCUUGUCAGGUUCCUGUCUCAGAAUGUAGUACCUGGCAUUAAAAAGACUCCAGAGAAAGUACUAAAAUGCUAUUUCUUUAUUUCCUGUGCUUACAGUAGGCGAGUUUGGCCUUGUAUCUAAACUGAGUUUGUCAUGUUUCCAAAAUGAACUGAAACUGUUGUGGAACGUAGCUAAAUCAGUUUGGACGCCUUGCCGGAGUUUGGCUGUGGUUCCAACAAAUUGUUCUAUUGCAAAAAGCUCUGUGUUUGUUUGGUCUAAUGAGCUUUCCUUGACACAAUAGUACCAUAUUUACUUUAUUUUGGAAUUGUUAUUUUUGAAAGCAUUUCUCAAGGAGACGACAGCAGGUUAACUAACUGGCCACUGCUUGGUUUGUUUUAAUGGUACAGAUAGCUGCUUUAACAACAUGGAAACUAUUUAAAUAUCAGAACAGGGAGAUGUCCAUUAGAUAAAUAUAAUGAGAUUGAUUUGUUUGUAAAUGAAUGAACUGAAGAUUUAAAGAUUUAACUUAAAUAUUGAGUUUGUAUGGUUGUCAUGGUUAUCCAUUGCAUAAUAACUUUUGGGGGUCUUUUCACACAAUGUUGAUUAAGGCAAAACCUUAAGGAGGAGGUUGUGGAACCCAGAUAUGUAAUAUAAUACAUAGUUAUCUGAUUCUGUACUAGUGGCUAAAACCUGUCACUUAGCAAAUAAUUGUGUAAACAAAUUAAAUGCACUGUAAAAGGUCAAGGGUUAAAAUAAAAAAGAUUAUCUAUAUCAUG